ACCGAGGAGGACGUGACUCGGAGCUGCCUCCGCUUUCUCCAAGCCAUAUUCCUUUAAGAUGAUGUAAUAGUCAUUUCCCUGGAUGGUUUUUUGCCUGCACUGCUGAAACAACAGCAGUCCGACUGCACUGGGAACUGUGGAACCGCCCAGCUCCGUCGCCCGCCUUAUCAGCCAGAGCCCAGGAUCUACCGGCAUCUCCGUGCUUCGGCGGCACCAGCUCCCACCCGCUCCACCGGCUUCCACCACCUCCCACCGUCUCCCAACGGCUUCCAACGGCUUCCAACGGCUUCCAACGGCUUCCAACGGCUCCCAACGGCUCCCACCAGCUCCCACUAGCUCCCACCUGCUCCCACCUGGCUGGGAACAUGGGAGCCCCUUCGCCCUUGCCCUCAGGUGGGAUGGCUACCUGGGACCGCAGCAGGGCACCUCUUUCUGCCUGCGUCUGGGCUUUCUGAAAAGCUACUAAGUCCUGGUACCUCUUGCAACUAACUCGCUUCUGUUUGAAGGAUUCUUGUUGAGGCUUUGAUUUUUUUUUUUCCCUUUCUGGAGACGCUUUGGUUGAAUAUUUGCCUCUGCUUUUCAACCCAAUCACCUCUUACCACUGUUUAACUUUUUUGUGACUUGCUUUAAUGAGAUUAAAAGUGAAUAUAUAUGUUCAUACAUGCAAAUAUACAUUUAUAUAAAAAUAUAAUCUUUUCUGAGAGCACACCUCUCUACACCUCUCUGGCACUUUUCAUUAAUAGGCUCCAUGUGGCUGUGCAUUCUGACUGCUUUGAAAAUGGGCAUUUCUUCACAGGACUGAGUUUCCAGCACUCAAUGAGACAGAUCUCUGACUAACUGGGACUUGGCCUGCCUUCUCUACUGAGCCUGGGGGAAGAUCAAAUGGAGAUGAGUUGAUUAUAUUCCAUGAAGUAAUAGCUUACCACCAGCCAGGGUUUAAACUACUUCACCUGUGGACUCUUCUGAAUUUUGCUUUCUUGGGGAAAAAUACGGGGUUAGGGGAGGUCAUUUUUAAUACGUGUGCAUCCUUCUCCCUCCCUAACAAGUUGAUGUGAAGGGUAAGGCUGUGCGUUCUUGGGAUUGCACCUUCAACUCAGAAUAGGAGGAAGAAGAAAGGGACAAUGGCUCUGAGUGGAAACUGUAGUCGUUAUUAUCCUCGAGAACAAGGGGCCACAGUCCCCAACUCCUUCCCCGAGGUCAUGGAGCUGAAUGUUGGGGGACAAGUUUAUUUCACUCGCCAUUCCACAUUAACAAGCAUCCCUCACUCCCUUCUGUGGAAAAUGUUUUCCCCAAAGAGAGACGUGGCUCAGGAUCUGGCCAAGGACUCCAAGGGAAGGUUCUUCAUCGACAGAGAUGGAUUCUUGUUUCGUUACAUCCUGGACUAUCUCAGGGACAGGCAGGUGGUCCUGCCUGAUCACUUUCCAGAAAGAGGAAGACUGAAAAGAGAAGCUGAGUACUUCCAGCUUCCAGACUUGGUCAAACUCCUGACCCCUGAUGAAAUCAAGCAAAGCCCAGAGGAAUUCUGCCAUAGUGACUUUGAAGAUGCCUCCCAAGGAAGUGACACAAGGAUCUGCCCCCCUUCCUCACUGCUCCCUGGCGACCGCAAGUGGGGUUUCAUUACUGUAGGUUACAGGGGGUCCUGCACCAUGGGCAGAGAGGGGCAGGCAGAUGCUAAGUUUCGGAGAGUUCCCCGGAUUUUGGUUUGUGGAAGGAUUUCCUUGGCAAAGGAAGUCUUUGGAGAAAGUUUGAAUGAGAGCAGAGACCCUGACCGCGCCCCAGAAAGGUACACUUCCAGAUUUUAUCUCAAAUUCAAGCAUCUGGAAAAGGCCUUUGAUAUGUUGUCAGAGUGUGGAUUCCACAUGGUGGCCUGUAACUCCUCAGUGACAGCAUCUUUUGUCAAUCAAUAUACAGAUGACAAAAUCUGGUCAAGCUACACCGAAUACGUCUUUUACCGUGAGCCUUCUAGGUGGUCAUCCUCCCAUUGUGAUUGCUGCUGCAAGAAUGGCAAGGGUGACAAAGAAGGGGAGAGUGGCACAUCUUGCAAUGACCUCUCCACCUCCAGCUGUGACAGCCAGUCUGAGGCCAGCUCUCCCCAGGAGACGGUCAUCUGUGGGCCUGUGACACGCCAAACCAACAUCCAGACUCUGGACCGCCCCAUCAAGAAGGGCCCUGUGCAGCUGAUCCAACAGUCAGAGAUGCGGCGGAAAAGCGAUCUGCUCCGGACUCUGACUUCAGGCUCCAGGGAGUCAAACAUGAGCAGCAAAAAAAAAGCUGUCAAGGAGAAGCUCUCAAUUGAGGAAGAGCUAGAGAAAUGUAUCCAGGAUUUCCUCAAGAUCAAAAUUCCAGACCGGUUCCCUGAGAGAAAACAUCCUUGGCAAUCUGAACUGUUAAGGAAGUACCAUCUAUAGGGCAGGGCUGGGGGGGUGGGAAGAGCUACAAACCGUGUAAGCAUUUUGAAGUCAACAACCUAAAUGAAAUUCGUAUUUGCAAAGAAAAACAACAACUGACAAUACACAUUUGUUAGAACACAAUGCCCACUGAUAUACUACUGCCUAUUUACCUGAUUCACCUUAACACGUAAAUUCACAGGGUAGAUUUCUUUCCAGGCGUGGAAGUAUAAGAAAACCUUUUUUUUUUGGCUUGUUUGUUUGUUUUGUUAACUUGGUCCCAUGUGCUGACCACCUUACAUAUAACGAGAACCAGCUCCAGGAGAGUAGCUGAGGGGCCUUGGAAUCAUUUCCCCAAGACUGGUUUUUCUUUCAUCUUCUACCUCCCUCCUUUGAAUGGGAACAUGGCAGAAAGAUAUCUGGCCUAAUGGCAUAUGUUGGAUUGUUUUCAUUUCCUUUUCCAGUUCUUAAUGGGGGAAGGGGGGAUGGCAGAUUUCUAUGGCUUUUCAGUCCAAUCUAUGACAUAGCAGUUUCUGUGGACUCUGUAUGCGUGAGGGUUUGUGCAACACAAGUACAAAGAAGUAUGUAUACAGGCACACAGCGCACAUGACCCCAGAGCCCAGACGGGAGAUGGGGUACGCCUACUCCCAGCAGCACUGUCUCAGAGCCCCUCACACAGAGGAGCCUCUGCUCUUUUCUUAAAACCCUUCUGUGUUAAGAUUUCCCAGCCUCUCUUGGCAACACUUUCUAGCAUCAUCCAGAAAUAACCCUCAGCAUCCAGAAAUCAUUUUAUUUCAAAAUUAAUACCCUCAGGCUCCAUUUUACUAAGUUGCUCUUUCUCUGCAAUCAGAGGGAGUGAGAAGAGCUAGUCAAACAUCUUUUGUAUUAAACAAACAUUCAUAUCCACAAAAACCCCUACUCAAUGGCUGCACACUCAGCCUUCCCUACCCAGUGUUUUUCACAGUGUGGCCUUUGUCCAUGGUCCACAUUAAAUUCUAUGCACUCCCAGGUAAUUGUGGAAGCAAGAACACCACACAGUUCACACUUGAAUCAGGGUCCAGUCUUUUGCUUGUUUAAGAGGGAGUUGUAAUCUAACUCCUCCUAGUAAUCACUCCUAAGCUCACACACCUGCAGUGCAACACUGCUGCUUUCCUGUAAACAGCUGUGUGUGCGCUGGGAUUCUGGGACUUGGCUGUGUCCAUACGAGGACUGGCUGUCGUUGCUCUCAUGUCUAAACAAAUCCACUAGAUAACUGGAGCUCCAAAGCUGAGGUUUUGACUUUCUAAACUAUUUUUUGUGAUUGCAUCCUUGACCUUUAUAGACACAGCCAAAAAUAAACUGUUAAUAGCCACCCAGCCAUGUGACUCUGAGUCUAUUAAUGCACCAAUAGCUUUUCCGCGUAGACUUGUGGUAAAUGAAGAUUAAGAGACAAGAUUUUAUUUUUGGCAUUCCUCAUGCAUUUCAGUGGGAACUGAAAAAUAAUUGGUCAACAUUAUUUUUGUGCCAAGUACUCCUAAUGUUUUAAAUGGUGUGUUUGUAUGUCUGUGUAUGUAUCACAGGUAAUAAAGGCAACUGGAUGAUGUCUGUAGGGGGGAAAAUAAUGACCAAUUGCUUCUUUUGGAAAUCUCUUAUUGUUACCUUUUUAUUAUGUUAGAGGCUCUGUUCUGGUUCCUAUUAUUAGUGCCCAUUAGCAUAGGCCUUUCUUUCUGAAUUCUUGCCUUUACGCCUGUGCAACAGACUCAGCCAGUGUUUCCUUGUUGUGGUGAUUUGAAUAGAGUAUAAAGUUUUACAUAAGUGCAAUAGAAAGGGUAUUGGGGAGUUGAGUUGUCAAGAGAAUUAUGAUUAAUGAAUUUAAGUGUUUUUCCUUUUAUACAUCCAUAUAUUAGCAGACAUUUGCUGUUAAUUGCAACAUAGCUUUGCAAAGCUUACCAAAUAUGUCUUCAUUAUUUUCAAUGCUUCUUAACAACACAUCAAAAUACCAUCCUAUUCAUAAUAAUGGAUCCUGCAAAGAAUCAAAGAACUUAAUAGGUCAAGAAAAAGUUGAAUUUGAUGAAAAUACCCUCAAAUUUACUUUAGUCAAAUGACUCUUGUGACUAUCCUAGAAGUGUUGUCAGAGUCAGGCUUACACAAAGUGACCAGGGUCCCAGCCUCCUCCAACUUCAGACCCGAAUUUAAUGGCAUCAAGAUGAAGACACCCUCGUAGGAAGUGGAGAACUAAUGUGACAGUAGUCAGCCCACUGCUUUGACUACGUACUUUAAACAGAAAAUUAAAUGCUUCAAAUAAAUUGUCAUGGCAUUAUUUCUGUCCCUUGACCUGUCAUGGUUGUUUUGUGCAUAGGCACUCUGUACCCCCAGUGAACCCAACUAGGGUAGGAAAUCUGUUUAAAACAAAACAUCAUCAUCUGGUGCAGUCACCCACCCUACAUAGACCAAACAGCUAAAACGACAUGACGUUCAUUUGCUUGGCUACUGGUCUAGAGACAGACAUAGGUCUGGUCAGAAAGAAAACUCUGAGGAGGUGUCGAGGAAGUGGCCACCUUCAGACUGAAUUUAAGUGGAGCUGUUAUUAAGUGAUGCGUAUGCAGCCUGUGACAUGGAAAAUGAGUUCUGGGCGAGGGAGUUACAGAUUAAAUUCUCUAGUGGUCCUGGUAGUCACUGUGAUUCAGGCCUGUUUUGCUAAACUUAAAAUUCUUUUGAGAACUUUUAGUUCAAUUCUGGACAUAACAAUAUAGGUGGCUCGCUUCUUGAAUAUUGGUUAUGAUAAGGGCCAUAAGUUGCUGAUAUGAAGAAACUAAUAGCAUCCAGUAGGUCAAGCGAAUGAAAAGUCACCCAUGUAGAGACCCAGCCCGGGUUGCCUCCUGGGAAACCCUGCUGUCUGAAAUUUGGUGAACUUGAGUAGGUCGUCCCCUACAUGUGUGUGGUUCUCCUGAAGGCAGACAUGUAUAUGUAUAAAGUCCUCCUAUGCCCUGUCAAGAAGAGAGUGGCCUGUGUUCAUCAGAAAAAGGGGAAGACAGGAGAACAAACUGUGAGAUCAUGUGGUAGUAUGCUCACCCUUCCCCUCCCCUGCUAAGAAAAAGCUGCACUGAGAUGUAGGCAUAAAACGGCAAAGUGCAGUGGCUUCCAAAGUGCAUAGUGAUGUUAUCCUUUGUUAUUGUAGGCACCAUUAUCUUACUGGAAGUGUAUGCAUGGAGAAUUGAAAUAAAAGGGGAACAACGCACAAACCCUAAGUGUUCCCUUCACUCUUUCUUCCUCCUCAGCUAUGUUUACCCUGAACCGAUUCAUUUGGGGGGAGGGUGCAUAUUUAUUAAAGGGGAAGCAACAUGGGGUUCUCACUUUUCAGUUGAUCUUGUUUGAUUCUGAGGCAUCUUUCCCCGUGGGCACAGAUGUGUGUCUUUCAUUCUGGGUCCUCUUAGUUGCCACUGCUUGAGCUUCUGGAAUACUUUUGCUCUUCUGGGUUUUCAAUUCCUCUCUGAUUAUCCUUUGUCUAUGCCAAGCAAAACAUGCUCCAGUGAUAAAAUCAAAGGCAUAUAUGGUGUUUUGCAAAAUUACUUGUUUCCAGCUUCCAUGAACGGGAGCCAAACUUUGAUUCUCAUACAUUUUCUUUCACUACAGUUCCACCCCUUCCACUCUGUGGUUUACACACUGAAUUAACCCAGAGAACUUUAACACUGCCAUUUCUGCCGUGCCCUGGAAGAUGUCAAGCUGUGGAAUCUGACUAACCUUGGCCUGCUAGGUGAUUUUUACUGGAAUUAAUAAGACUUUGUGAACUCUCAGGUGGAACUCUUUGUCACCUCCACUUGACAUAGCAAUUUUCAAGGGAAAAAUGAACACAGUUAUUUUUCCCUCCAGUGACAGUCUGGCAAAUAAAUGUUUUUUUCCCCAAUUUGCAUGCUGGGUUAUAGGUGUAGCAUGGACCAUUUCUCUCUCUAAUGUCUUGAUAUUGAUGGUAUCUUGCAAUCUUGAUGGCCCAGUGUUUCAAUUUAUUUAUUUUCUUCUAUGUUGUCAAAAUACCACACUGGAGGAAGAAUCAGAGUGAGCAUCCUGUGUUCCAAGUUAACAUCGAGUUAGGUGUCCUUUGUGUAGGAUGGCACAGUGAUUAAUGUCUGCAGAGAAAUUAGACCGAAUGAAACCUGCUGGAAUGAGUUUGAUUUAUAUUGCUUUCAUCAUUCUGGUUCUCAAUGAAGUGGUUAUUGCUCUCCACCUUUGCUGAAAGAAUAGAGUCUUAAACUUUGAUAAUCACAGUGUUGUGAUGUGAACACAAAGAGUAUUUGUCUUAAACGUCUGUUUUUUGUUUUUUUUUUUCAUCUUGCCAUACACAUCAGAAUGGAGGUUCUUUAUUCAGUGACUUCCAUCACAAACUUUCUGGCAGUGUUUUCAACCCUCAGUCUGCCCAAAAGUCACGUGUGGCACUUGUUAAAAAUUCCUCCGCCCUAACCCCUGAAAGUUUUCAGAAACUUCAAGUAGUGCCAAGGAAUCUGCACUUGGGUCUACUAUUCUUAAUAAUUUGGAUGGGACAGUCUGUGGACCUUACUUUCAGAAACUCUGCUAUUUUAGAGACUACGCAGGGGUCAGCUUUUCUCUCACUUCCUAGUGGCACUUCCUUUCCACUACAAAUAAGUCAAAGCAUGCAUUCCCUACUAAGAGAAAAGCCUGAAGAAGCCCAUACCAGGGCUAGGGUAGAGUGAGUUUCCGAGAUCCUUUUACCCUUUUGUCUGUCAUCCAUAACCUCUUGUCCAUUUUUCUUGUGCUUGUAUCUUUUGCUAAUUUAUUUGUUUUUACCAAACUAGAAGCCUGUAUAAAUAGUUUUGCCCCUGGGUAGAGGGGAGCACAGCUCUGAGUGAGAUGUAUCCUAGUAAUGCCCAACAGGCAAUAAAAAUAAGGAACUCACCCAAGGAGAGAAGGAGAGUUCAUCUCCAGGCCCUUAGGCAGUUGGAGUCAGGAGCUUGAGAGUGGUCUCUAAUUCCAUCAUGUGGAAGGACCCAUAAGUUGGGUCCAUUAUGAACAUAUGCACAUGUCAUCGAAAGUACUAUGCAAUGAUCAGUGAAUUUAGCUGUGUUUCACCAAUAAAAUGCAUUGAGUUGCUAUGUUUAUCCAAUUUGACUCACACAGGACUGUGAAGCUCUUAGAGAGUUGAAGACUCUGAUCCUCAACAUUAAUUAAAAACUUCAAGCAAACCCUGGAGGGAGACUAAAUAUAAAAAAAGAAAUAAAGAGUGAAUGCAAACUAGUGGUCAUAUUCCAUGUAUAAUGGCACAGAGUUCUGUAACUUUCUAGUCUCUCUGACUGGGGGAGAUGGCCAUACCCUGAUUGUUUGGACAGAAACCUUUCGGAGGGCUUCAGUGGUCUGGUUGGUUCUGUCCCUGUAACAACUGGAGAGGCACCAUUUUUCCUUCCACUGUAAGAAACAGAAUGAAUGGCUUAAAUUCACAUUUGUUGGGAUUGUCAAUGAAUAUUUAGGUAAGGCUGCUGCCAAAGGAAAGUGGACAAUGGCUAGUGAAAUGAAUGAGCUUGAGCCACUAGUUCAGGUUACUUGGCCAUGAUUUCUAAAACUGGGAUCUGAUUCUGCUUGCCUCCCCUCUUCUACUUCCCAAGUGGGAUCCCUUCACUGCUCCAGCUUUGUAACCUUUUAAAAAAUGUUCCUCUUGUUUGUGAACAAAUUAUGUUGCUUAUUGGUUAAAGAAUUUUUGGUUCCUUAAUUGUUCUUCUUGAUUUACUUUGAAAAGGUGAAGAAAAAUGUACCCUGGCCCAGCAACUAUCAAGGGGUUGCUUUGGUGACAGGGACAGUAAUUUUCCUGCUAAUCAGCACUUAAGGCCAACUGGAGGAUUUAGUAAGUCUCCUUUAUCCUGCAGCCUCUUCCAUCUUGUCAGUUUAUUCUUAGCAUUGACCUUUAAGGUAAUUCACCUGCAUUUGGACAAUAAAAACCAACAUAUCUCCCAACUGUCUCCCUGCUGAAGUGGACUCCAUCCAUCACACAUGGAAGCAGGAUUGAUGCACUAGUAGUGGAGAAUUCUGGGUUGCUUUGUAAUUGCACUACAUGUGAGCGUGUGAGCAUGUGGAUGUGCAUGUACACACAUGUGCAGUUGUUAGGUCGGUGAUGAGUCAUUGGCUAAGGCCGGUGGAGACAGUCUUUAGUUACAAAGUUUCACAGCUUUUAAUUCAGUACAGUAGUUCCUGCUGAGGGUGUUGGUCCUUGAGAAUGUUGAGUAAGGCUGCUCUCUUGAUGUGAAAUUCAAACAGAUUUCUGGGUAAAAGUCAAACUUGUUUUCAUUUGUAUAGUGAACUAGUGGUGCCUUCCUCAAAAAAAAAAACAAAAAAAAAACAAGAAAGGAACGAGAGAGAGAAAAAGAAUGUUUUGAAAUCUAAAACAAAUUGAGGGUUCACGUGGAUCAUCCCUGGUCUCUCUCAGCUGCAGCCAGUGGUCAGUGGUUUGUGCCUGUAUGUGAGAGACAGGGACAACUGCAGGAGACGCUGUCUCUGAUUUGGUGGUUUAUGUGCAUUUAAGGUAGUGACUGUCACAGGGGGUUGCUUUUGCAUCCCAUGGGACAUUUGGCAAUGCCUGGGGACAGUUUUGAUUGUUGUGACUUGAGAGGUGUUAUAGACAUUGAAUAAAAAAAGAACAGGGAUGCUGUUAAACACCCCACAGUGCACAGUAGAGCCCCCACAAUGAAUUAUUCAGCUCCAAAUGUCAAUAGGACUGAGGUUGAGAAACCUGAGUUAAGAGUUGGCUCAAAUUUUUCAAGGCAUUCCUACCAUGUAGACAAAGACCUUUAGGUCAAGAGAUAGGAUGAAGUAGAAGAAGAAUUAAUCAUUGGUUCCACCUUAAAGCUGUACAGGGUUUACCUGAUGUUAAAUACAACUAUCUCCUCAUACAGAUGUGACCACUGAGGUUUAGAGGGAGAACUGCAUCCCUUUUCUCCAUACUGUGGCCGUGAUGGACAGGCCUGUGGUUUAGGCCUCUGCCUUCUGCUUCAGUCUCUCUCUGCUUCUGAAAAAUGAUACUUCAGUGAAGACAAAAACCUUUUAACAGCUAGAUGUGUUUAUUACAAAGCAGAAUGGGAGUGCUUUCAGUUCACCUGACACUAUCAGAGAUGUUUUUAAACUGAUUAAUAGCAAACAAGAAGGUGCUCUCAGAAAUGAAAUAGAUAAAAGGGAGAAACUAUAGUUAGAAGAUACCAAUGAUUUCAUUGGCUUUAACUGCUCAUUGUGGACUUUGUUUAAGCUUAUCCCUCACUAACGAUAACCCUUAGAUCUUGGAAAACGUGAUCCUCAGACUCACACAGGUGGCCCCAUGCCCUUGUCUUCAAAGAUAUGAAAAUUCCAAGCACAGAUUCUGGUUGCUUAGCCUUAUGUCAUGUAUAUGCACUGAUUUUAUUAAGACACAAAACAUAUUUGUGUCUUAAAUAAUUUGACUUUUUCUUUUAAUUGAUCAUACCAAACUCCCUGUGAUAGAAUAAAGGCUCAAUCAUUCUAUCCCCAUUGAAUACAGGGGAAACCGAGGACCUAGGGGGUUGGUUAGCAUAAAUUUAUUUAUCUGUUCAUUCAUUGAUUCAGCAGGUAUUUGCUGCAUGCAUUUGAUCCUGCAGGUGCCCGCUGUGAGAUUCUGCUAGAAAAUCAAACUUGGGAUAUCGAACUUGAAUUCAGAUUGCCUAAAUCCUAGACUGACAUUAUUUCUUUAUAUAGUUCUGAUCAACAUUCUAGACUUAUAGUUUAAAUAUGGUUAUAAAUAAUGUAUAUUAAGGAGUUACUAUUAUGUACUGGAAACUCCACUAAGUGCUUCAUACACCUCAGCAUAUUUAAUGCUAUCGUAACCCAAUGAAAUAGGCCCUGUUCUCAUCUGUGUUUGCAGAUAAGUUCAGGGAGGCUCAGAUAGGUAAAGUGGCACAUAAUUCCACAGUGGCAGACUCAGUUUAUUUUUUGGGUUAAGCCACUCAAAGGCUGAUGGCUUAACCACAUCGCAUCACAACCUUUUCCCUUCACAUUUCUCAUUUCUUCUACUCCAUGCAAAAGAUAGUGAGGAAGAAUCCAGACCAAUGCCCUCCUGAAAAUUGUUGGCUAUUUUCCAUGGCAAACCCCAAUAGAUAGGCAUCUCCCCAGGAAAUAAAGGAAAGGCAGACUUGGAGGGUUACUUUUGCCUAGCACAAACUGUACUUUAUGACACAAGCCUGAUGGAGGGGCAGCAAUAUUGUAGACCAAGCAGCUGGUGAGUACUGAUACCCCGUGAAACCCAAAGUGGCCAGAUAGCUUCCACGCCAGGAGGACUGCACCUGCCACCACUCACUGUGCUGUUUCCACAUUAUCAGGGCAAAUUUCAUGAGAAGUAGAAUAGGCAGAUGUGCCUGUGUGUGUGUGUACAAGAAUGUAUCUGCCAUUGUCAUCUUUUGGCUUUUUAAGCAAUCAUGGGCUUUGUUCAAGACAGGUCAGGAAUCCAAGUGUGACUAGCUGCUCCCAGCAUCUCAUGACUACUGUGCUAAGUUGGGAAAAUGAGAGACAGCUACAGAAAAGAGAUGGCACUGAGAUAUGUGAGUGUGUGCAAGAGGCGUGUGUGUGCAUGUGUGUUGCCUAUGUGUGUUCAUGUAGAAAAUUUUGUGUAUAUGUGUAUAUAUAUUUGUACAUCCAAAUGUAUAUAUCUAUAUCUAUACUUAUGUAUACAUACAUAAAUGAAUCUCAUAGUUUGUAACUCUGGAAUUUUGAG